AGUAUGUUUUUCUUGCAUUUAUCAAUGAAUUCACCUCGCUGAACAUCAUCAAUAUUUUAGUAUAAACCCGAGUGGAAAUGUAGACAGAAAAAUCUCGAGAUGACAGAAUCAGAACGAAAGACCAGCGGGACCGGGCCCCCACCGGCCGAAACAACCGACAACUUCGAAUGUAACAUCUGUCUGGACACUGCGCGGGACGCCGUGAUCAGUCUCUGUGGUCAUCUCUUCUGCUGGCCCUGUCUCCACCGGUGGUUGGAGGUCGGCAACGAUCAGGUGAGGACAGAGGGCUCUUUGUGUCCUGUCUGUAAAGCUGGGAUCAGUAAGGAGAACAUUAUUCCUGUUUACGGGAGAGGUGGGAGCAGAGAGGACCCACGGAGUAAGACGCCGCCCAGACCUCAGGGUCAGAGACCAGCUCCGGAGAGGCAGCCGAAUAGGGGCGGGUUAGGGUUCGGAGAGGGGUUCACUCUGUCGUUUGGUAUCGGAGCUUUUCCUUUCAGCUUCCUGGCAACGUCUUUCGGGGGUGCUGGGUUUACGGAUCCUGCUAACAACAACAAUAAUAACAACACCACUAACAACAACAUGAAUAACCCCAACAAUCCUUCCAAUUUCGGGAACUUCGCUCAGUUCAACCCUAAUCGAUAUCAGAAUCCAGAAGAUAGGUUUCUUUCUCAACUGUUCGCUUGGUGCGCCAUAUUGUUUGUUCUGUGGAUAGUGUUCACGUGACAAAGAGUUUUUAACAC